AUGAUAAAAAAAAUGUAUGAUGAUGCUAUUACAUUCUUCUAGAAGGCUGUUUAACUUGAUCCUAAAGACAGCUGGGCAUUUGGAAACCUGGGAUAUUCAUUUAUGCAAAAAGAAAUGUAUGAUGAUGCUAUUACAUUCUUCUAGAAGGCUGUUUAACUUGAUCCUAGAGACAGCUGGGCAUUUGGAAAUCUGGGAUAUUCAUUUAUGAAAAAAAAAAUGUAUGAUGAUGCUAUUACAUUCUUGUAGAAGGCUGUUUAACUUGAUCCUAAAGACAGCUGGGCAUUUGGAAAUCUGGGAUAUUCAUUUAUGAUAAAAAAAAUGUAUGAUGAUGCUAUUACAUUCUUCUAGAAGGCUGUUUAACUUGAUCCUAAAGACAGCUGCGCAUUUAGAUGUAUGGGAUAUUCAUUUAUGAAAAAAGAAAUGUAUGAUGAUGCUAUUACAUUCUUCUAGAAGGCUGUUUAACUUGAUCCUAGAGACAGCUGGGCAUUUGGAAAUCUGGGAUAUUCAUUUAUGAAAAAAAAAAUGUAUGAUGAUGCUAUUACAUUCUUCUAGAAGGCUGUUUAACUUGAUCCUAAAGACAGCUGGGCAUUUGGAAAUCUGGGAUAUUCAUUUAUGAAAAAAAAAAUGUAUGAUGAUGCUAUUACAUUCUUCUAGAAGGCUGUUUAACUUGAUCCUAAAGACAGCUGGGCAUUUGGAAAGCUGGGAUAUUCAUUUAUGCAAAAAUAAAUGUAUGAUGAUGCUAUUACAUUCUUCUAGAAGGCUGUUUAACUUGAUCCUAAAGACAGCUGGGCAUUUGGAAAGCUGGGAUAUUCAUUUAUGCAAAAAGAAAUGUAUGAUGAUGCUAUUACAUUCUCCUAGAAGGCUGUUUAACUUGAUCCUGAUGUUAAAGAAAAUCUUUUAAAUCUAGGAAUAGCAUUUUAAAAAAAAGGAAGGUAUCAACAUUCAA